AUGUCAAACCGCAGUUUCGAAGGUAGUAAAAGGAUGAUCCCUUUUAGAUGGUUACACUCUCCUUGCAAAAGUAUUGAAUUAAUAAACAAUAAAUUUCUCGCGUUUAAAACACCACUUUCUGAUGAGUUUAAUAAUCAAGUUUCUGAAGAAUGUCGUUUGUCUGUGAACAUACUGUUUGCAUCAUUAAAGUAUCAAAGAUUGAAAAUGGGAUUACUAAUAGAUUUGACAAAUAUCACCUGGUUUUAUGAUAAAGCUGAUGUUGAAUCUUAUGGAUGUCGUUAUUACAAGCUUCAAUGUCGUGGUCAUGGAGAAACUCCCUCCAUAGAACAAACAAAAAUUUUUAUCGAAAUUUGCAGAAAUUUUAUUGCUCGUAAUCGAGCUGAGAUCAUUGGAGUUCAUUGCACCCACGGUUUUAAUAGAACUGGGUUUCUUUUUAUAAGUUACUGGGUUGAAAGUAACAUAUUCAACUUGGAUGCCGCUGUGAGUGAAUUUUCAACUGCCAGACCUCCUGAAAUUUAUAAGGAAAACUACAUUAAAAAGUUAUACAGGCGAUAUGAUGAUGAUGAGAAUGAUGCACUUCCUGUACCACCGCUACCAACUUGGUGUUUAGAAUACGAUAAUUUCAAAGUGGAUGGAAACAACAUGAUUAAUCUGGAAAGUAAAUAUACUCAAAGAGGUAAAGGAAAUAGUGUUAAAGAUCGAGUUUUCAUGGCUGGAGUUCCUGGAGUAGAAUCAGUACAAGAUUUAACUAAAGUUAAGAGAAUUCAACGAAGAGUUCAAGAAAUUUCUAAAUGGAAUAAAAAUGGUUUUCCUGAUUUCCAACCGUAUGCCAUAAAUGAA